AUGCCCAAGCUUCCGUCGGUAUCAGAGUUGAUGGUGGGCGCCCUGCUCUCCUCAGUGCUAGACCGCUCCUCAAACCACAACUCUUCCAGGCACCUGGCCCUGAGCCCUCGCUCGGCUUUACCUGUGCUGCUGCCUCAUGACAAAUACCUCCAAAAAGAUCCUCCUCCUCCUCUGGCUCCUAUGCCAGUGGUACCGAACACUUUGCCUCACCCUCGAUCCAGAGGCACCUCUUUUCUGGGACCUAUAUCCGCCCCUUCCCGCCCGGCAGACUAUUUUUCUCCAAAUCAUCCGGUGCAACUCCCACCACCACAGGUGACUCCUCAUCCACAACAUCCGGGUAUCAGUCAACACCUGCUGCACGAACAACAGCCCCAUGUCGAGUCACCCUUACACGUGCUGCUGCCGAAACAGUCGAGAGCAUCUCUGCUUUCACAUCCUCCCCACUUCCAGCAUCAACACCCACCACAACAGCAACAACAGCAGCAACCUCAACCUCAACCUCAACCUCAGCAACAACAACAUCCCCCACAGCAUCAGCAGCAUCAGCAUCAGCAUCUACCCCCACAACACCCUCAUGCACCUUAUCAACAGAACUAUCCUGGCGCACCCAGCAGCGUGCCGCCUCCACAGCCACAAAUGAUGGGCCCUGUGCCCGGCGUAGUGAUGCAACCUCACGUUUACCAGCAGAUGCCAAACAACGUGAACCCUUACUAUAACGUCGGGCUUCCGCCACUCAUGCCUACAGUGAUGCCACCUCAGUAUGGCAAGCCUGUUUAUGGUCCACCGCCACCUGGCCAGGCCCCAAGGCACGCUGAGCUUGAACAGAACAAUGCGUUGGUGAACAAGCGCCGGAUCAUCAAAAGAAGAACUCGCACCGGGUGCCUUACUUGUCGCAAACGCCGGAUCAAGUGUGACGAGCGUAAACCACAUUGCUACAACUGUGAAAGAUCUAAGAAACUUUGUUUAGGCUACGAGAUGGUGCCUCAGCAAGGCAAGCGCCGCAACCUGGAGAAUCUGAACAAGUCAGACAAGGAUAGACGAUCAUCAGUAUAUGACUUGAUGUAA